AUGUGGGGAAAUGGUUUAUCUACGCAUGCAUGGGAAGAUAAAUGGAGUGAGUUUGGUCCCCUUAUUCAAUUACUGUCUUAUAGAUUCAUUAAUGGUCAUGGAUUUCAUAAUAACUCCUCGGUUUCUGAUGUAAUGCAACGCUUUGGCACUAAUUGGCCGGUGGAUUGGAUACAACAAUAUCCUCAGCUGCAAAGUAUUUUGAUACCUUCUCCGAGCCAAAUGGAGGAUACGGUCAGAUGGCUUGAUGCUAAACUUUCUCGGGGAAAUUUUGAGGUCAAAGUGGCAUGGAAAACUGUUCGAGAAGUGAGGCCGAUUGUGCAUUGGUAUAAGCUGGAAGUCAUUAAAAAGGAGGUGGGAUUAACGAAUUGUUCGAACAAUUGGGAGGAUAUUCUUAACAGGGGUUUAGCUCAAAGAUGGAAAUCUUGGUCUACGGUUCAAAAACUUGGUAUAUCGGCCACGGUAUAUCAUAUCUGGAGGGAAAGAAACAGGAAGUUCUUUGACAACUUUAAUCAUUCUGGGGACAAAGUUGUAGCGGAGAUCAAGAUGUAG